CGCAUUCGUCCACAACCACCACUGCGAAGCAGAUAAGGCAACAAGAAAGCAAAGCUGCUGAGCCUUUCGCGCGCACAGCACACACACUUGCUGAGAAACACACGUAGCACACGAAGGAACACAAAAGGGCACUGUGGUUGUUGGCGUCGUUGAAGCAUGGCGGCGUAUUACCUGACGUAUGCCGUCAAGCCCACGGCUGUGACAGAGGCGCUCACCGUCAACCUGUUUGAGGCAGACUCGCCAUGCUUGGUGUUGGCCAAGUCAACCCAUCUGCAAGUGUUCAAGAUGGGUGAGCAAGGGCUGGAACCUAUUCACGACUACCCCGUGUACGGCAAAGUGGCAUGCAUUCGCAAGAUGACAUUCCCUCAGAUGAAAGGCCUUGACUCGCUCUUGGUCAUGACAGAUGACAUGCGAUUUUUUGUGCUCACCUUCAACGAGCACACAAAGAAACUAGAAACACACACCAACGGCAACCUCCUUAACCCAAGCUCGUUUCCCAUGGAGACCGGCCCGCUCGUUGCUGUCGACCCAGACUGCCGCGUCAUUGUCAUGGCAAUGUACCCUGGCCUCGUCAAGAUUCUGCGCAUCCACGGGUGCAAGUUUGAGGAGGAGGCGAGCGAGGCGCGGCUGGAUGCAGACCAGGUGCUGUCCAUGGCCAUGCUGCACGGCUGCGCAGAGCCAACACUCGCCGUCCUCUGCCAGCGCGCUGACCAGCGCUUCGUCAAGCUCAUGCGCGUCACCUCCCGCAAUGAGCUGGUGGAGGUGUCAUCUGUGUGGAAGACGCGACUCGAAGGCGCCGUGCCAGAUUCGGCCCACUUUCUUCACCCAGUGCCCAACACGAGCGAGGGGUGCCUGGUGUUUGGGGCGGACGCGGUUGUGUAUGCGGAUGCAAACGGAUACAAGGCGGCGAGCAUCCCCGAGAUGAUGGUGCAGGCCGUGGCCGACGUCGACGACUCGGGCGCACGCUUUCUCAUUGGCGACAGUCUCCGGGGCGGACUCGCGCUGCUGGUGCUGGAGCGGGAGGAGGACCAGGUGCAGCAGAUUGUGUACGAGCCGUUUGGCGAAACAGUUGCGCCGUCCACGCUCGCGUACCUCGACAACAGCGUCGUCUUUGUCGGCAGCGUUGUCGGCGACAGCCAGGUGGUCAAGCUGGAGACCGACGACGACAACCAGAACAAAAUCAUCGUCCUUGAUACACACGAGAACAUUGGGAGCGUGCUUGACAUGUGCUCGCUGCCGCAAGCGUCGUUUGGCGAGACGCGGCUUGUAACGGCAUCUGGGGCGGGCAAGGACGGCUCCCUGCGUGUGAUCCAGCGCGGUGUCAACAUCACGAGCUCGGCAACCGUGCAGCUCGACGACCUGCAGCGUGUGUGGGUGCUCACCAAACCCAGCGGAGAAGCAGAAGCAGCAACAGAAGAGAGUUUUCUUGCCCUCUCCUUUGCCGGCGGCCUCGCUUUUCUCCAAUUCGAGGGCGAAGAGCUGUGUGGGUUUGAGGUUCCGUCGGCACCGUCCGACCCUGCACUACUCUGCUCCAACGUUGCAGAGAAUCAGUGGCUGUUUGUGACGGAGGAUGAGGUCGUGCUGGUGUGCGCCGAAACACUCGCUCGCGUUGCGGAAUGGAAAGCAGCAGAGGGACAGGCCAUCGGUGCAUGCGCGUGCAGUGAGAAGCAGCUUGUGGUGUCGAGUGGACGACAGCUGCUCAUCUUUGAGAUUGCAAAGGGAAAACUCACGCAAACAAAGGACACAACGCUGGAGCACGAGCUCUCGUGUCUUGACAUUCUUCCCGUGAACGAUGACGGCACGAGUGUGAUGGUUGCGGGCACGUGGAACGUUGAAGCGAAGGUGUACCACCUUCCCUCGAUGCGCGUUGCCUCCUCAGCACCGUUCAAAGCCGGUGUUAUUGCAACGUCGUGCGCAAUCACGCGGCUUGGCGAUCAGAACGUCGCGUUCUUCGGGAUGGGAGACGGAUCCGUGGUCCGCUACAUCUUUGCCGAAGGCAGUUGGCAUAUGACCAACCAGCGACACGUGCAUGCAGGCAAGCAGCCCGUGUCGCUUGUCUCGUGCAAGUUUGCCUCUGGCCCUGCCGUCGUCGCCCUCUCAAACACGUCCCUCCUCUUCUACGCGGACUCAGGCCGAGUGACGUUUUCCACCUUGAACGAGGCGAACUUGACGUGCGUUGCGCCCCUGAGCACGCCCGCCUACCCUGACAGCCUCGUCUUCUCCACCCCAGCCAGCCUCGGCAUUGGCCAGAUUGGGCGCAUGAACAACCUCCACAUCAACAAGGUUGCGCUUGGCUUCUCGCCCGUGUCCCUGACGACCAUCUCGGCCAACCCCUCGUAUGUCGUGGUGGUAGGCCACGUCGAUCAAGAGGAUGGAGGGAUUGCGAGUGCCAUCCGCGUGUUUGACGGGACGACGCUGGAGAUGGUUGCAUCGCACGAGCUGCCGGCUCCGGAGGCCGUCAACUGCGUCAUCCAGCACAAAUUCAAGGACGACAACACAGAAUACUUCAUCAUCGGAACGGCGUUUGUGGACCCGACGGAAACACAGCCGUCACGCGGCCGGAUCCUCAUCUCCAAACUCGAAAACAAGAAGGAAAUCGCAAUCGUCCACGAAUGCGAAGCAGCGGGGAGCGUGUACUGCUUGACAAAGAUGUGUGGGAAGGACACAGAUGAUCUGGUUGCGGGGAUCAACAACCAGGUUGUUCACUUCAAAUACGAUGCGACUGGACAGGACGCUGCCAAGAAGCUCCGAGCAGUGAGUGGCAACCAGAACUUUGGCGCCGUCGUCUCCCUCGACAGCUGCGACGACAUUGUGCUUGUUGGCGAUAUGCUCAACGCCGUCUUUGUCAUGCAGAAGGCGCAGGACAAACUGCAACUCGUGGCUGGAAGUCAAACAGCCAAUUGGGUGUCGUCGUGCGCGCUUGUCAACGAAACAGUCUUCCUUGUCGCGUCGCAUGCCCACUCCCUCUCCGUGUGCCAGCGCGAGUUUGAGCCCGGCUCGACCAUGCAGACGCUCAACGCCAAGUUUGAGAUCUACCUUGGGGAGACGGUGACCUCGUUCGUGCGUGCGGCGCUGGGCUCUGCGGCUGCCGUCGACAGUAGCAUGCCGCUACGCAACACCUUCUUUGUUUUUGGCACAAUGGGUGGUGGCUUGGCGUGCUUGCUGCCGCUCACACCGCCACAGACGGAACUCCUGACAGCGCUGGAGUGCAGGAUGGAAGAGAAAAUCGGGGGUCUUGGUGGGCUGGACCACAGGGAAUUCCGGACAGCGCGGGACGAGCAGCGCAUGGCGCAACAAGUGAACCCACGCCUUGUUGAUGGCGACCUGGUUGAGACGUUCUUGCAGCUGCCAGAAGAAGAGCAGAAGGAGCUGGUGGCCGGCAUGUCCCUCAUGGGCGAAGACGGCCGCCCGUACGUGGUGACCGCUGAAGUGGCCAAGGCGGCGCUUGAAGCAAUGGCGCGAUUGCAUUGAAUAGGCAGGCGCGUGCUGCUGGCACGAAGCACAUGCUGCUGUUGCCAUGUCAUAUCGCCACCACACCCUACAUGCCUGACGCCUUGCUUGCUUGCUUGCUUGCUUAUUGGUUGAUAUGUCAUUUAACUUUACACACCGC